AUGAUUAUGGAUGCCUUACCAUCAUCAAAAACUAUUCAACAGAACAAUGAAACAUUCAACGAAGAAGAUUUCAGACAGAUUCCAUUGAGGACCAUAUGUCUUUUUGGCAACAUGUCUAUUUCUACUUAUUGGACAGUCUUCAUUUUUCAGAGUGUCCAGUUAUUCAAUUCGGUAAUUGUCAAUAUAGGAAAUGACGUAUUUUUUUUUGGAAUUGCUAUGCACAUUUGUGGCCAAUUAGAUUCGUUGAAUAUUCUUUCUGACGAGCUCGAAACGAACAACGAAAAGAAUCGGCUUAGGAAAAUCAAAAAAUUUGUUCGUAGACACAUACAUCUGUUGGAAAUGGGUCAAUUGAUUCAAAACACUUAUACUAAUAUUCUUUUGGUCAAUUUAAUAACUGGCGGAUCGCAUAUCUGUUUGGCAGGAAUACAAUUUCUUUUUCUAUCCAAUACAAUCGACGUAGUUCUUCUGACGAAAGUCGGUUCCGUUCUAAUCAUCAUCUUGCUACAAAUUUUUCUCUACAGUUAUGCAGGUGAUUACAUGUCAUCAUUAUUCCAAGAUGUUUGCAAAGUUAUUUAUAAUUGUACCUGGUACGAAUUCUCUCCUAGUCACGUACGUGAUCUUAUGUUUAUUAUUAUGAGAACCCAUGUACCAUUUAAUAUUAGUGCGGGUAAUUUUUAUAUCAUGAACAUUGAAAGUUUCAAGAACAUCGUCAAAACGUGCUUUUCUUUCUUUUCCGUUUUACGAAUUGUAUUCGAAGAAUAA